AUGGAAAAUAUUCAAGACUGGGUGCAGCUGGUCAUAAAAGAAGAAGUUUCAGUCAGGGAGAUAACUAAUGCACUUGAAACGGAAAAGAUAGAAGCACAAAGUAUCUUGGAAAUACUCUUCUUAGACUACUUAAAAAUAAAGAAGAGAGAGUUAAAUCUGGAAACCAUUCGGUACGCAGAUAAAAAGACAGAAAUCGCAAGAGUAAUAGAGGAAUGUACAGAAUAUCUUAAGGCAAUGCAGGAACUAGCCAGGAAUAAAGAGAUUUCCAUAGGGGAUAAAUUAUCCAUGCUUAUUGAGAAGACAGUAGAGUCUGGGUAUAUUAUAAAAAGAGAAGAAAAGAUAUACCUAUCCCAGGAGAAAGAGAGAAUAAAGAAUAAGCUAGCAGAAGCACCCUCUAUAGGAAUAGCACUAGUAUAUAUAAGCAUAUCUCUUCUUACAAGACUAGAGAUGAUUAAAAUAGAAAAGAGUAUUUUGGAAUUACCACAAGACACACAGGAAGGGAAGUCACCCAGUAAGACAAGUAUGCCCUUAUCUGUGCACAAAGUACCUACGUCAUCCCAUCCUAUUAGGAUAACAGGGCAAACCAGCCAGGAAGAUAUUCAGAAUAUGCUCAGACAAGAAAAUUCAUACACAAUGACAAUAGAGCAAUACGGGGAAAGAAUGAUGAAAAUAAUGGAAGACCAAGGACUAUCACUAGCUCCAUCAGAGGUAGCCUCAAAUGAGCCAGAAGAUGCAGACAUCCUAGCAGACUUAGAGCCAGCCAUAAAAAAGGCCCAAGAAGAGCAAGAGAGACAGAAAAAAGAGAAAGACGAUCUAUGCUAUGGAGAUGGAAAUAGAAUAGGGCGCAAGUAA